CCACUGGUAGUUUCAAGUGGGCGAGGCACCAAGUAAAAUAUAUGCGCCCACCACAACCCCAGCGGAUGGAAUCACCGCCCUCUCCCCGUCCCCUUCCGCCCCCGCCCCCGCCCCCGCCCCUGCCCCGCUGGUGCUUCCUCCUUCGCUCAAUGCCGGGUAGGGACGAGGAAGCCGCCGAAGCUCGAGGAGCUCUCAUGGACCUCGACGAUCUCGACCUCGACCUCGACCUCGACCUCGACCCCGACCCCCCCUCCUGCCUCCUCCCCCCGCGCCGCCCCGCCCCCGCCGCCGACGACGCCGAGUGGCCCUUCGACGCGCUCGUUUCGCCCUCCCUCCUCUCCUCCUCGUCGCCGCCGCAGAGCCUCCUCCACCUCUCCUUCCCCUCCCCUCCCUCCCCGCUUUGCCUCUUCGAGGAUCGGCCCUUCGACGCUUCCACCUCCAUCGCCGAGCUAGCCCUCUACAAUCCCGACACUGUAAGCAGAAAUAUUAAUGGAACCAACGAUAAAAGAAGGCCGCUUCAAUUGCUAGUAGAGGAGGAUAAUGCCGACCACACCUAUAUCAUCAAGGAGCGGAUGACUCAGGCACUUCGACAAUUCAAAGAAUCAACAGAUCAACACUUACUAGUCCAAGUUUGGGCGCCAGUGAAGAAUGGGGACCGAUACGUACUUACUACAUCGGGCCAACCUUUUGUCCUAGAUCACCAAAGUGUCGCUCUGCUCCAGUACCGCACAGUGUCCCUGACUUACAUGUUCUCAGUAGAUGGGGAUAAUGAUGGUGAACUGGGUCUUCCAGGCCGGGUUUACAGGCAGAAAGUUCCGGAAUGGACUCCCAAUGUGCAGUAUUAUAGUAGUAAAGAGUACCCGCGGCUUUGCCAUGCCCUCAAUUACAAUGUACGGGGCACUGUAGCCCUUCCCGUUUUUUAUCCUUCUGCUCACACCUGUGUUGCUGUCAUCGAGCUCAUAAUGACAUCACAAAAGAUCAACUAUGCGGGUGAAGUUGGUAAAGUCUGCAAAGCUCUCGAGGCAGUAAAUUUGAAGAGCACCGAAAUUCAGGAUCAUCCAAGUGUUCAGAUAUGCAACAAAGGCCGUCAAACUGCUUUGGCUGAGAUACUGGAAACCUUAGCUGUCGUAUGCGAAGACCACAAGUUGCCCUUGGCGCAGACUUGGGUGCCUUGCAGACACCGUAGUGUCCUGGCCCAUGGUGGUGGCUUAAGAAAGAGCUGCUCUAGCUUUGAUGGAAGUUGCAUGGGACAAGUGUGCAUGUCGACAAGUGAUGUGGCAUUCCAUGUCAUUGAUGCUCACAUAUGGAGAUUCAGGGACGCCUGUGUGGAGCACCAUUUACAGAAAGGACAAGGGGUUGCUGGAAUAGCAUUUGAAUCUCGAAGACCUUGCUUUUCAGAAGAUAUUACCCAAUUUUCUAAGACCCAGUAUCCCCUUGUUCACUAUUCUCGUAUGUGUGGAUUGGCCGGCUGUUUCGCCGUAUGCUUGCAAAGUACUUUUACAGGAAAUGAUGAUUAUAUACUAGAAUUCUUUUUGCCCCCCGAGUGCAAGAAUGCUGGGGAGCAAAGGGUAUUAUUGGAAGCUAUGAUAAUUUCUAUGAAGCGAUGUUUUCGUAGUUUGAAGGUUGUUGCUGAUGUAGAACUACAAGAAGGAAUCACAUUACAAUCCAUAGAUAUGCUGGUGAUUGACAAUCGAGAGUUUGCAUCUGGUCAUCCUCGUGCUUCUCUGGAGUGUAACUUUGAUAAAGGAUUUAAUGGGGCAGGGAAAUUGGAUAAUAGAGUUUCUGAUAUGCCCGAGAAACAUAUUCUGGCGAAUGGUAAUGCUGUAAAUAAUGGAAUAGUAAUUGAACAGAAUGGUAGUGGAACAUCUAGUUCCUCACUGGCCAACAAGAACAAUAAACCUUCUGAAAGGAGGCGCGGAAAGGCUGAGAAAACAAUCAGUUUAGAAGUUCUUCAACAAUAUUUUGCUGGAAGCCUUAAAAAUGCUGCAAAAAGCCUUGGCGUAUGUCCGACGACAAUGAAGCGCAUAUGUAGGCAACAUGGGAUCUUGAGAUGGCCGUCUCGCAAGAUCAACAAGGUCAACCGCUCGCUUUCAAAAUUGAAACAAGUCAUCGAAUCUGUUGAUGGUGCAUUUACUUUACCGUCUCUCCCAUGUCCUCUUCCUGUUGCUGUUGGUUCUUUGCCCUCUCCCUCUAAUGUAGACAAAACGAACAAAACAAAGGAAAGUGAACCUUUGAAACCUUUUACUCUCCAUACUGAAAGAGAGAACAAAUUGUCAACAAGAGAUACAUCACCCGACAAUGAUGGCUCGGGGAAAAAGCUUUUUCCUCACUGUUCAAGAUCAGGAAGUUCCUCAGAAGAAGGCAGCAGUAAUACCCACACUUCGGAAGGUUCAUGUCAUGCAAGCCCACAAAAUGAAAACGUAGUUUCUGGGCCGUUUAAUUCGACAUUCUUGGGACCAGAAUUAAAACCUUCUUGUACACUCGGAUUGAUUAAUCCGAAUACAAAUUUUAUUUGCUUGAAUACUACGGCAGUAGAGCCGCAAUCUCCACUUAAUGGAAUGCUCGUUGAAGAUUCAGGAAGCUCCAAAUACUUGAAGAACCUUUGCCCUUGUGCUGUAGAAAUUCCUCAUGAUGAGCACAAUGUUGGGCCGACCAGCAAUAAUCCAACGAGUAUGGCAAAUUCAAGGGUUGUAACUAUUAAGGCGAGUUACAAGGACGAUAUUGUAAGAUUCCGCUUCACGGUUGCAGGAAAUGUUACCGAAUUGAAAGAUGAAAUAGCGAAGAGGCUGAAGCUGGAGGUUGGUAUGUUUGAUGUUAAGUAUCUUGACGAUGAUCCCGAGUGGGUGUUGUUGGCUUGUAAUGCGGACUUAGAAGAGUGUGUGGAGAUCGCCAGGCUCUCUGGUCGACAUGUCGUCAGGUUGUUGGUAAGUGACAUUUCUGCUAGCCUCGGGAGCUCGUGUGAAAGCUCCAGAGGAUGAGAGCAAAACUCGGCUCUACCUGAUUGGGCUUAUCAACUGUAAAUUUUCAUUCCUUGGGGCUCGGUUGUGUUGUUGUAAUGUACUCAUUUUUGUUUCAUUUUGUUUUUGCUGCAAAUUUUGUCACCAAGUGCUUUUUCUUUUUCUUUUUUUUUUGGUAGGAUUAUGUCCGAUAUACUUAUGAAACUUGUAGUUGCUCUUGUAUAGAUCGAACUAUUUAAUGUUGUAAACUCUUUUUUUAAUCUCUAGGCAUCUUUUGAUUA